GCUCACCGCGCCGCCACCACAUGCCGGCGUCUCCGCCUCGCCGUCCCGCCCCGCGCCCGCGUGUGACCAGCCCGGGCCGCGCCGCUGUCAGCCGCCGCGCCGCACCGCGCCCCUCCCGGCUCCGAAAUGCCCCUUUUCAGCGUGCCCAAAGAAGUGGCCGUCGGGACGGCGAUGCUGGGGGUCGCCUUUGCCACGGGGAUGCUCGCAGGUAAAAGAUACCCUUCUUUAGUUUUUGGGACACCCAAAUCAUCCAAGAGUAUUAUUGGGAAAAGCGGUCCUCUCUGGCAAUACAUACUGGAUCACUCCUUGCGGGAACAUCCAAUUCUAAAGAAGCUGCGACUGCUCACUGCUGAUCAUCCCUGGGGUAAAAUGAUGGUAUCCUGUGACCAGGCUCAGCUUAUGGCAAAUUUAGUCAAACUCAUUAAAGCCAAGAAAGUUAUUGAAAUAGGUGUUUUCACAGGUUAUAAUACCUUGAAUAUGGCCCUUGUACUGCCAGAUAAUGGCAGAGUUAUUGCCUGUGAUAUAAAUGAGGACUAUGUCAAAAUUGGAAAGCCACUGUGGAAAGAGGCAGGUGUAGAGCAUAAAAUUGACCUGCGGAUUAAGCCAGCAAUUCAAACACUUGAUGAACUGUUGGCCAGUGGAGAAGCGGAAACCUUUGACUUUGCUUUCAUUGAUGCGGAUAAAGAAAGCUGCAAUGAGUACUAUGAAAAAUGUUUGCGCCUCAUAAAGAAAGGGGGAAUAAUAGCUAUAGAUAAUGUCCUUUGGAGUGGAAGGGUGCUAAAACCAAGAAAGGAUGACUUGGCAACACAGAGCAUCCACCAUCUCAAUGAGAAGCUUCUCAGAGACACACGAGUCAAUAUCAGCAUGCUCCCAAUGGGGGAUGGAGUCACACUAGCGUUCAAGUUGUAACUGGAGGAAGCCCAACAGAUGGGAAACAACAAGCAGCAUCAAAUCAUCAGGAAAAAUGCAGGCGGAGCAGUAUAAAAAAAUGGGUAUUUAACCUAUAUGUCCACUGGAUAGCAUAGCCUGGGAAAGUAGACUUUAGGAGCAGCAGGAUCCUAAGGGCAGCUCAGUUGAGAAAAGAGACUUAUUUUGAGAUCUACUAUUGUUUUUACUACUUAUUUUAAUUGUAAUAAAGCAAAUAAACUUACGUGAAGUUGUCCUUGUAAGACAGUGGUUGAAAAAAGUGUCCCUCUGUAGAACGAUUGAGUUCCAAGUGAGUCGAUACAACAAAGUCAUUUUCUGUCAUAGAAGAGGUUACUGAGUAACAGAAUAAUCAGUCCUACCAUACCAUCAAAAGGAAAAGAAGUGGAGUUUACUAAUGUUAAAAGCCAUAAUAGAAAAAUGGAUUUUUAAUGAAACGUAUAUGGCAUCAAGGAGAUCGCUACCCUUCUCAAAUUAAUGAUAUUGAAAGUCACUGGUAAUCCUUGAAAGGUACUACAUAAGAAGCCUCAAAUAUACAUAGUCGGGGUGGGGGUCUGUCUUUAAAAGAGUGUCAAAGGACAAACAGGAUUUCUAAUACAGAGCACUCCCUAAAACCUUUGUGUGUGAGGAGUGCGUUUCUUUAACCUUAGUGACAGUACAGGUAGAUUUUUUUUUUAAGUCAGAAUGAGGAAGAGCAAAAGGGCAAGAAGAAAACCAGAACAGUUCUUCCUCCUUCCUCUCUCCCUCCCUUUUGCCCACCAAAGAAGCAAUAUGCUAUGUGCUUGUUUCCUAGAAAGUUGUAAGCACAGAGCAUUGGUGGCAAGUCUACAGAAGGAAAACGAUGAUUGUAUGAGGAUGCAAUACAGCUGUUAACUGGCUAUUCAAAUAAUUACUGCAAGCAGAGAUUCCCUUCCCUAGGCAACAUGUAACAAAAUUAUGCUUUUUCCAUGCCCUAGUAAAGUAUUUUCCUACAGUAUUCUUAACUAUUCUUAACAGUUAAAUUAACUUUCUGUUAUCAUCCAUUAUGCUUGUUUCACCCUGACG